UUAACAAACAACAAUCACAUGUUUAACAACUUGUAAUGUUACAAGUCUUCGAAGUUCGAACCAUAUAAAAUAUAAUGUCAUUCAGUUUUCAUUGUGCAGAAAGUCCUAACCAUUACAUUUCAGUUACAUAAAGCAGUCUACAGAGGAAUAACAAAAUUUUUUUUGGCGGGCCUGAAAAAUGAUGCAAAAAGUAAUCAUUGAGGUGAAGAUGAAAUGCAAGAAAUGUCGGUCCAAGGCCUUGGCGAUAGCAGUUGGGAAGAAAGGUGUUACCUCAGUAGCUUUCAAGGGGGAAAGCAAAAAUCAAAUAGAAGUAAUUGGAGAGGGAAUUGUUGAUGCAGCUGGCUUGGCAGAAAUGUUGAGGAAAAAGGUUGGCUAUGCAAACUUAGUGAGUGUGGAAGAAGUCAGAGAAAGGUGAAUGUUUGAACAAAAGAAAAAAUAAAGUAGAGGUGACACCUCUUGAGUCUUGAGCCUGCAAAGUGUACAAUGCUGAAAAUUAUUCUCUCCCCAAAGUAGCUUGAGUUUAAUCUUUUUUCUUAUCCAUAUGUGCCUUUGUACUGUGUACAUUUAAAAUUGUGAAAUGUUUAUUUGUUAAGAGAGCUAUCGUC